UGCAAGGUGCAUAGAUACUCUCACCGCUGUACCUUUUCGUUUACCUAGUCGGUAGGUACGAGCGCUGCAGGAUUUCCAGGAAUUAAAUAUGUAUUUUUAAAUCAGAAUUAUUUUACAGGAUUUUACAGAGUUUUAAUUGUAGUGUAGAAUACGAUUUGUAUUUUUGUUUUUGCGCGCCCGAAGAGCAGCAAAUCCUUUUGUGUCGGAAGCCCUGCUGAGACUGCGAUGAGGAGAGAGCGGUAGCUCGGUGUCACUGCCACUGUAUUUUUGUUGAUGACGGCAGCGGCGGCGGCGGUGGGUACAGUCGCAAUUUGGCAAUUUCGCAAAUAACCGGGGCUGGAAAAACUACGAGCGUGAAAACACUGGAUAUAAAACCAUGGGACGGCUGUGGCACUUUAUUCUGGCGCUGUCCUGCUUUUCCGUCGUGCUGAGUUCGGAUUUCGGCGGAACGUCGCGUAACCCGCACUCUCUUCACAUGAAUGUGGACGCGAAGCUCGGGACGGCGGUGCGGGGUUCGGGACGGCAUAGCGUUCAGAAGCGAAGCGCAGAUGACCAAGGAGACACCUGUAAAGGUCUACAGGAUUAUAACUCCCAAUUAUCCAACAACACACACACUAGCAAAUUUAAUGAUCUCAGUGGAUCGGUGGCUCUUGCCUGGAUAGGUGAUGGAACAGGGGUCGUGCUGGCCUUGACUACUUUCCAGAUGCCCAUUUUCAUGUUACGAUUUGGCCAGUCCAAACUUUACAGAAGUCAAGACUUUGGAAAAACAUUCACAGACAUCACAGAUCUUAUUAACAACACAUUUAUCAGCACCGAGUUUGGGAUUGCCAUUGGCCCUGAGAAUUCUGGGAAGGUGAUCCUGACAGGAGAUGUGUCUGGAAGCAGUGAAUCCAGGAUCUUCCUUUCCAAUGACUUUGGGAGGAGCUUUAACUCGUUAGACCUGCCUUUCAACCCUCGCAUGCAGAUUAUGUAUAAUCCCGAAAAUUCCAAUGUCCUCGUGGCUAUCAGUGUCAAGAAUGACCUCUGGAUUUCAGAGGAUUUUGCCAAAACAUGGAAAAAAAUCUACAGCACUGUGUGUGUGGUGAAAUGGGGUGAAGACAACACACUCUUCUUCUCCACCACCCUGAAUGGAUCCUGCUAUGACCGGGGGCAGCUUGUUCUGAUGAAAUCAUUAGACUAUGGCAAGAACUUGAAGAAAAUCGCUGAAAAGAUCUACUCUUUUGGGAUUGGUGGCCGUUUCCUAUUCGCCUCAGUCAUGACUGGAACAGGAAUGAUGCGGAUGAUCCAUGUGUCCACAGACCAGGGUGAGGAGUGGAACAUGGCUCAGCUUCCUCCUGUAGGCCAUGAACAGUUCUACUCGAUACUGGCCGCCAAUGAUGAAAUGGUCUUUAUGCAUGUAGAUGAACCUGGGGACACUGGCUUUGGAACCAUCUAUGUGUCAGACGACAGGGGCAUGGUGUAUUCCAAAUCACUGGAGCGCCACCUCUACACAGCUACAGGAGGUGACAACGACUUCACAAACGUCACAUCGCUCAGAGGAGUGUUCAUGACCAGUAUACUAUCUGAAGACAGCUCUGUACAGACUGUAGUGACGUUUGAUCAGGGAGGAGAGUGGGUGCCCUUGAAGAAACCAGAGAACAGCCAGUGUGAUUCCACAGCUAAAGAUAAAAAUAAGUGUAGUCUUCAUAUUCAUGCUUCUUACAGUAUGUCUAUGAAGCUGAAUGUUCCAGUGCUGCCUUUGACUGAGCCUAAUGCACUAGGACUAAUAAUUGCUCAUGGCAGUGUCGGCGAUGCUAUAUCAGUGCUGACUCCUGAUAUAUAUGUGUCUGAUGAUGGCGGCUACACAUGGCUGCGUGCUCUCAAGGGUCCUCAUCACUAUGCCAUCCUGGACUCAGGAGGCUUGCUGGUGGCCGUGGAGCAUAACCCCACAGUGCCAAUUUCUCAGAUUAAAUUUUCCACAGACGAGGGCCAGUGCUGGCAUGAGUACACCUUCACCAAGGAGCCAAUAUACUUCACUGGGCUUGCCUCGGAGCCAGGGGCUCACUCCAUGAAUGUUAGCAUUUGGGGCUACAAAGACUCCUUGCUAAACCAGUACUGGGUCUCAGUCACAAUCGACUUCAAAGAGCUGCUCACCCGUGACUGUAGCGAUAACGACUACGUGCAGUGGCUGGCACAUUCAGAUGACAUCAGUGAUCCUAAUGAUGGCUGCAUGCUGGGUUAUAAAGAGCACUUUCUGCGGCUCAAGAAAGAUUCGGUGUGUUGGAACGGACGUGACUAUGUCGUCACCAAGCAGCCCACGCCUUGUCUCUGCACACUCGAUGACUACCUUUGUGACUUUGGAUAUUACCGCCAAGAGAACAGCUCAGAGUGUCUGGAGCAGCUUGAGCUUAAAGGCCAUGAUCUAGAGUUCUGCAUCCAUGGCAAGAAGGAACACCUACAGACCAAUGGGUAUCGGAAGAUUCCAGGAGAUAAGUGUGAGGGUGGUGUAAACCCUGAACGUAAAGUGAUCGACAUGAGAAAGAAGUGUGUCAGUGAUCUACUAGAACCACAGCUACAGACUGGGGAAGAAGAGAAGUCCAAUCAUUCUGCUUUUAUAAUUGUGGUGGUUAUCGGCGUCCUACUGAUCAGUUGUGUGGCUGCGGUCCUUUUUGUGAAGAAGUAUGUCUGUGGUGGAAGAUUUCUGGUGCACAGAUACUCAGUCCUGCAGCACAACGCAGAGGCUAAUGGCAUAGACGGUUUGGACGAACCUUUGGAUAUCAGUGGGGUGGGACACCCCAAGACCAGCUUCCAUGAGGAUUCGGAUGAGGACCUUCUGGAAUAACAGCAGUGAGUCAGCACCAGCAGAAACCAGGAGCUCUCUGUCUCCUUGAAUGCCUCGGGCAUCUUUGCUGCUGUUUCUAUUUCUGCUCUGAAGCACAACCCAGCCUCGAGCGUCUUCAAGCCUCGAAUAACUCCGCUCUAGUUCCUGCUUCUUCAGUGGGAGUGAAUUGCAGUUUUGCUAUAUAAAAGUAUCUCAUGAAUUUAGCUGUACAGCCAGUGGUUAAAUGACUUAGAUAAUAUCUUGCCUAGGGAGCCGGCUCUAUAGGAGGACACUAUCUCAGAAUUAACAGCAGGGUACUCGUCAUGGCACUUAACUCUUCUCCAGAAUGCUUUACCUUCUUCAGUAAAAUAUGCAGAUCAGACUCAGCGUGACUGAGUUUAGGGUUAUGAAGUUAGUCCAGGGAAAACUGAAUCAUAUCACCUCAUUAUUUGACAAGACGCAUGAAAUAAGACUGUGAUAUUAGAUAUAUUUUUGAUAUUAGAUGUAUUUCGCCACCUCUGUUAUUUGAUAUUAUAAUCCUAUCACAAAUAUAAGGGUUUAUCAAGGUUUUAUCACAUUUAUCAGAAAGCAAUACAGUGCAUAGAUACAGUGCAUCUGGAUGUAUCAGCAUAGCCAUAGGCCAGACUUUUCUCAGUUUCUCAACAAAAAAAAAAAAAGAGAAAGGAUUAUUUAGUUUACCUGAAAUAAUGCUACUGUGUAGACGGUUAUUAUACUACUCCUUGUGGCUGUAUAGAUUAUAGACCGUCACUUAGAAGGUUAUUUUACUUAGUGGAAGGGAAACUAUUAAACAUGACAGGUGUAAAGAAAUGUUGCAGUUGUAGCUAUAAGAACACCGUAUAUGUCCUGAGAUAAUUUUGUAGCCGACUGUUGUUUUAUAGAAGACAAUAAUGACUUAUUUUGUGAUGCUCAGCAGUUUUUGCACUGUGAAAUACAAAACUCUAACACAAGGCCAACGGCUGCUUUUGUCAAACGUCCAGUUACGAGCACAAUUCUUUAAAAAAAAAUUUAAGCCCUACAUACAGGCAGGUGGGACUCAUUGAGUCAAUGAGUCCCUCAUUUUUUUUUCCCCUGAACAUGAAGGAAACAAAGUUAUAGUUAGCACACAUGAUUUUUCCACAUUUUGAGUUUGUACGCUCAGGUGAAUUUACCAGUUAUUCCAACCAAAACAAAACAAAAAGUGAUACCAUGUCAUGAUUAGGUGACCAUGAGAUGUGAGAUCAGUGAAUGCAGAACUGCCCAGUUGAACUGAGAACGAGGACAGACCCCCCCCUCCUCCCCUCCACCCCUUACACGACCCAUGCGAAAGCUUUCUCAUCUUUUCUGUUUGAAUAUUUAAAUCAGUAGAACACGUGACACCUUUUUAAAUCAGGUGAUUUGAGGUCUAGUUUACUGUUUGAUUGGUACAUUUCCUGCUUCUCAUGAGAGCCUCAGUGUAACUAAACCGUUCUAUCAACUGCCUACCUUUUAGUGGCCCUAUAGAACAUUCUAUAAAGUAAUGCUUUUAGUUAGUUCUUUUCUUUAGUAUAUACAAUGCUCAAAGUACAAUAAAUUCUCAUAUACAACAUUCAAUUCUGUUGCACAGAUAUAUAUAUAUAUAUAUAUAUAUAUAUAUAUAUAUAUAUAUAUAUAUAUAAAAGUAAUAAGGGUGUUCAUUCAAGUGCCUAACAUGAAGGUGUGUGCCUAAUUAUUAAGCCCAUCUUGUUGAAUAAUUAACAAUAAGCAGGCUGAUUAUUGUAUCUUUAAUCAUUUCAUUGGUAGUCAGAGGUGAUAGAACAGAUUAAUACGUCACUUUUUUCAGGGGGGUCAUGCGUGAAAACUGAUGGAUUCUCAUUAGGUCGAGUUCAAAUUUAUUGCAAACAACCAGGGUUAAACCGUUUGUGAUUUUUUUUUCCCUUCCAAUUUUAUGUAUUUAACCUUUCUCUGUUGCGUUUUAGAUUUCAUUUUAAACGUGUACUUCUAUGCAUGCUAUCUUAGCAAAUAGGUCACGACACACUCGGGUGGCGUUUGGGGUUAAAGGCUGCAGCACAAAGACUACAGGGGUUUCCUACUUGAAGAUGUUGUUUUGAAUUGUGGGUUGUAAUAAUUUUCUUGCCUUUGAUAAUCAAUGUAAAUAACAUGACGCUGGCUUUGUACAUAUAAAACUGCAUUACCUUUGUAUCGGCCAUUUUUUUGCUCUGUAUAUUCUGAAAAUAAAUAGAGUCCACUCCCCUGUGUCUUCAAA